AUGUCGCUCUUUGGUCAGCCUGCACAGCAGCCCCAGUCAACGGGACUGUUUGGAUCAACAUUCGGGACAAACCAACCUCAACAGACCGGGAGUCUGUUUGGAGAGCAGCAGACCAGUCAACAACCGAAACCUCAAGGAAGCUUGUUUGGCUCUCUAGAGCAGCAGCAGCAGCAGGAACAACAACCUCAACAGGGGACAAGUAGUCUUUUUGGGAUGAGCACUCAACAGCAGCAAGAGCCGCAGCAACAAACAAGCGGGCUUUUUGGCGGUUCACAGCAACAAAGUCAACAAAGUCCGGGUGGGUUGUUUUCUGGAUUUGGCUCCGGUACUCAAACGCAGCCGCAACAAGGAUGUGGUUUGUUUUCCGGACUUGGAUCUUCGACUACGCAACAACAGCCUCAGAGUGGUAGUCUUUUUGGCAGCUCUGCUGCUCAACAGCAGCCAUCUCAGCAGCAGCAGCAGCAGCAAGGCAGUGGCCUCUUUUCAGGCUUCGGUCAGAACACUCCGCAGCCACAGCAGUUACAGCAGUCACAGGCACAACAGGGUGGUGGCUUCUUUUCGGGAUUCGGAUCAACUAUUCAACAACCACAGCAGCCCUUUGGAGCAACCCUCGUUGCUGGAGGACAACAGGCGCCACCGCAGCUGGGACAAUCUCAGCAGACUGGACCUACUUUAUGGACUCCGGGGCAAGGGAUGACUGGAGUUCAUCGCACGGUGCCAAUGCAAAUGAGUAUUUUGAUGGAUAAGUGGCAGCCCACUUGUCGAAACUCUCCGUUUCGCACCCACCUCUACAAUAAUGUUGGGGAAGAUAAUGCGCCCUUUUUCCAACCUGGCGCCAAUGAUGAUGAAACAAAAUGGGAGGACGCACUACGGAAGAGACCAAGUCCAGGAUACGUCCCAGUCCUCGUCCAAGGAUUCUGGGAGCUUGGAAACCGGGCGCAGAAACAGAAGGGUUUCCUAACAAUGAUGCAAAGUCGUCUUCAUGAGAUUAAUAACGCUCUCACCGAGCUGCUAUCCAGACACGACCUAAAAAUCUCUGUUAAAAUUGCAGCUUGCCGGCGAAAACAUAUAGUUCUUAGUCAGAGAUGUCUUGCUCUUGCCGGUAAAACGCAAGUAUUGAGGAACCGCGGGUACGUAAUGGACGAAACGGAGGAGGAGUUACAGAAGAAACUUCGUCAACUGGAGCGCUCCGUGUUUGAUCCAUCCCUAAAUGGCUGCGCCGAGGAGAUCUGGGCUAGAAUGCUGGCAAUCCGGGAACGAUCAAAGCGCCUGCAAUUGGAGAUGGAGAGAACUGGUCAGGAUGCUGCGCGGCAGGUCGAUGAUGGUUUGGAUGAGACUGCUCUUAAAACAGCGAAGAAAAUUCUGGACGACUAUGCUUCACAAAUCCGACAUCUAAAUAAGGAACUUGCUGCCGCCCAGAAAGAUUUUGAGCUACUACACGGAUCUUCGACGUGA